GCAAGUGCCAGUCCCAUGCUGCUCCUGCUGCAGUUGCUCCUGCUGCUGCCUUUAGCCAUGAUGGAAGGCAGAGGAGGAGGAGGAGCUGGGGAGAGGAGGAGCCCGUUCAGCAACAUGGCUUCUGCUGCCUCCCUCCAUGCAGCCAAAGCAGCCUUGAGAACCCAGCUGAAGCACCGCCUGAAAGCCCUCUGCCCAGCCGAGAAGGGCAGGCAGUCGAGGCUGCUGGCAGCCCAGGUGAUACAACAUGCUAAGUACCAAGCAUCCCAGCGUAUUUCAGUCUUCCUGAGUAUGGCGGAUGAGGUCCAGACUGAAGAAAUCAUUAAAGACAUUUUUCACCGAGGCAAAGACUGUUUCAUUCCACGGUACGAGCCCCAGAGCAACCACAUGGACAUGGUAAAGUUAGCUUCCUACGAGGAAAUUGCCUCUCUCCCUCUGACAUCCUGGAACAUACAUCAACCUGAUGAAAAGGAUGUUAGGGAAGAAGCCUUGACUGCACCAGAAGGUCUUGACCUUAUCCUUAUGCCAGGACUUGGUUUUGACAAAAGCGGCAACAGACUGGGAAGAGGAAAGGGGUACUAUGAUGCCUACCUGAACCGAUGUAUGCAACACCCAAAAGGAAAGCCUUACACAAUUGCCUUAGCUUUUAAAGAACAAAUGUGUGCAGUCAUCCCCACAUCCGAAAACGAUGUGAAAGUUGAUGAAAUCCUGUUUGAAGAAAAGGAAGACUGAUAGACAACUUUGAUAAACAGAUAUGAAUUUUUGAAAAUGGAUUCCUAAAACAGAAUUUAAACAUGGUUAUUUACCUCCAUAUUGACUAUGGACUUAUGUGUGUGAGUGGCUCAUCGCUACUGACUCAGACUUAAUAGUUCCAUUGAGUGUAGAGUAAUCAUUAUUUUCUAUUUCAAAUAAAGAGAUUAUAUUUCUAUUUCUCAAAAUA